AUGUCCUCACCACCAGAUAUAGACCCAUAUGCAGUGCUUGGUGUUUCCAAGGAGGCCACUAUCCCUGAAAUCAGGGCCGCCCACCGAAAGCGGGUUCUCAAGUGCCAUCCAGACAAGGUUCAAGAUGAGUCGCAGCGGAUUGCUGCCCAAGAUGAAUUCCAGAAAGUCCAACAAGCCUAUGAACUGCUCUCAGAUGAUGUCCAACGGACUAAACAUGACCAAAAAGUCAAGAUAGCCGAGUUGAAGCGUGAAUUGCUAGAACGGAGACGAACAGACUCCACGUACAACUCUUCGCGGGGGAGUGGAUCCGGCACUCGCGAAUUCCGCAAUGGCCACGUCGUGGAGGAGAGAGUCCCGAUGGAAGUCUUCUUUGAGGAGACAAUGCGAUUCACGGACGAACCACGAUCCAUGUCGUCUCGCAAAUGUGAAGAGUUUGGCGUGCGCUCAAAGGUGAAACCGACAGAAGAGAAGAAGAAGGUUCGAACACCGACGAGCAUGUUUCACCAAGCAAAGGAAAUGCGGGAUACGGCCAAGGCGACACAUUCCGACCGUGCGAAGACGCGUGCUCAGGAGCGACGACGACAGACCGAGGCAAAGUCCGAGGUAAAGAACGGUUUCUUUGAAUCCGACGAGGAGGCAUCCGAUUACAGUGCUCCUCGCUACGUUCACACGAAGCGAACUUCAACAACGCCCCGCCGAGAGCAAGAUUCACGAUCGCGACCAUCGGACUCCUCUCGUCGCCGUGAACGCGCCUACGACGAGGAUGGCGAUGUGUCUGAUCAUUGGCAAUCCAAGAUGGCUAGUCAGUCCUGCAAUGCAGAGGAUUAUAUCGCACGCAAAGCCCGGAGUUCCAAGUCCCCACGACGGUACCAUGGUCACGACCUGGCAGAACCGGAGUCGUCCAGUUCGCGAUCCGCGGGACGGUCUACUCGCACCCGCCGUCGUUCUUCGUCGCGCGACAAUUCCUACGAGCAUCUUGAGUCGCCCCGAAGCUACGAGGUCAAGCCACCCAAGAUGCAACCCUCCGCUACCUCCCCGAGUAUCAAGACGUCUCUCCGUCCCUCGUUCCUCAACACCCGCUCCGCGACCACCUCUGGCUUCACCCGCCCGAAGCGGGAGACUCGCGACCCCCUACUAUACGAAAUGGCCCACGAGCCACUGCCAUCGCGAACUUCGAGAAUGCGCGAUCGCAACGACUCGGGUUACUCCAGUCCCAGCACCCCUGAAAUUCUCCAGAGGGGCAGUUCUCCCAAGACGUCAACCCGUUACAAGAUCGUCAAGGAACCAGAUCACGUUGUCGUAGAACCGAAGUCAUCAAAGUACCGCUCGGCGAGAUCCCCCGACCGGGAUCGCAUACCCUCUACACGACAGACACCCAAGCGAAGCAGCACCUAUCAGACCUACGCCACGGAAGACUCGCCCCGGGUUGAGACUCGGUCUGCGCGCCCUUCUUCUCGUCCUUACCCGGAUGUCGAAUACAUCGCCUGUCCGAAGGAGAAGGACAUCAAGUACGCCCGGGCAUACAAGCACGAUGACAUCAGUUACUCGCCGAGACAUGCCCAUUAUUACGAAGAGGACAUUCGCCCUCCUGCUGUAGGGAGACGCCAGUCUGCCUAUUAA